AUGGCCAACCAAGCCGUCGGCAAUAAUGCCAUCCCUGCUCCGCAACCCUCAAACCUGGGCGUGAACAACAAGCGCAAGCGCGAAGCUAGAGAUCAAGAGGCUGGACGCAUUGCGAAAGCUCCAAACACAAAUGGCGAUCACGAUCCUGACAAUUAUGUUGCGCUCCUCCAGAGCAUUGAGGGAAUGGCGGGUCCGGACGACAGCACUCGAACUGCGCAAGCCGCUCUCGCUGCUCCAAUGGACUCAUCCGCCUAUCCUGAGCCGAACCAGUUUGAAGGAGCACCUGGACUGCCAACUGGCUUUGAAGACACCAACCAAUCCUCACUUCCUGGUUUGCCAUCUGCACAGCAGGCCCUCCUCGAAGCUCGCGGUGGUAGCCAGAAGCCGGCUGUAGGUACUGCAGAAUGGCACCAACAGCGCAAGGACAACCACAAGGAAGUGGAGCGUCGUCGUCGCGAGGUCAUCAACGAAGGUAUCGAGAACAUUGCCAAGAUCGUGCCUGGAACCGAGAAGAAUAAGGGCGCCAUCCUCCAACGAACCUGCCAAUACGUCACCGAACUUCAGAACGAGAAGAAAUCGUUUGAGAACGAGCGCGCCACUUUCGCCAUCGCCUUGAAGGAAUUGACCAGUCGCUGCGACCGUCUGAAGGAGAGUGUCCGAACUGCUUGGUUGGAGAGCGCCAAGUGGCAACAACGCUGUCGCGAGGCCGGUCUUCACUUUGACGACUAUGAUGAUGGAGGUCUUCCCAGUCUUGACGAUGAGGACGUCCACGUCGACGCGACCGUGGUCUCCUGA